AUGGCUUUGGAAGCCACUAUGCUGCAAGAGAAUAUGGCUGUCGAAGCCAAUAAUUGUGAAAAUGGCAAAAUAUUGCCAACUAUCCAAAAGUUGGACUGCAUCUAUGAUGAAGAACCAUUGGGAUUUGAAAAAGAUCCUUCGAAUUCUAGUCAAAAGAUGCAAGCCCAGGACCCUUUGGAGGAAAUAGAUAUUGGAGAUGGCUCGAUCAAAAGGCCAACGUACAUAAGUGCCAAUAUCCCAAAGGACUUACGUGAUAAACUGGUUGAACUCCUUAAAGAGUUCAAAGAUUGUUUUGCUUGGGAUUACAAUGAAAUGCCAGGUUUAAACAGAAAUUUGGUCGAACACAGAUUACCUAUUCGACCAGACAAGAAACCAGUUAAGCAAUCACCAAGAAGGUUUGCACCAGAAAUCCUGUCUAAAAUCAAAGAGGAUAUUGAAAGGCUGCUGAGAAGCAAAUUCAUCAGGACUGCCAGUCGAAUUGGAAGAUGGGCUUUAGCUCUUUCUGAGUAUUCACUUUCAUACAAACCUUUGAAAGCAAUUAAAGGCCAAAUAGUGGCUGACUUUAUUGUUGAUCAUUCAGCAAUUGAAUCACCCCAGAACUAUGUUGCUUUAGAGCCAUGGAUUUUGUACUUCGACGGAUCUAAGCAUCAACAUGGAACAGGAAUUGGUGUCUUAAUAAUUUCCCCACAAAAAAUUCCUACCAAGUUUAAAUAUAAAAUCAAUGGUAUUUGUUCAAAUAAUGAGGCUGAAUAUGAGGCUUUAAUAGCAGGAUUGGAAAUACUGUUGAGCCUGGGGGCAAAAGACAUUAAAAUAAAAGGUGAUUCAGAAUUAGUUUUGAAACAAUUGACAAAAGAGUACAAAUGUAUUAAAGAACAUUUGAUUCGUUAUUUUGUCAUAGCGAAUGCGUUACUAAAACAUUUCGAUUCGAUCGACAUAGAACAUGUUCCUCGAAUAGAGAAUCAGGAAGCAAAUGACUUGGCACAGAUUGCUUCUGGAUACAAGGUGUCCAAAGAGAAAUUAGAACGAUUAGUGGAGAUUAAAGAUAAACUGAUUUCUCAUGAGCCAAUGCUUUCGGAAUUGUCAACGCCAAAACUUGGGGGGGUGAAUGGUGAUUGGAGGAAACCAAUUGUGGAAUAUCUGGAAAAUCCAAUUGGAAAUGCUCCUCGAAAGAUCAAAUAUAGGGCAUCAAAUUAUGUAAUCAUUGGUAAUGAAUUAUUCAAAAAGACCCUUGAAGGAAUUUUAUUAAAGUGCCUUAGUGAAACUGAAGCAUAUAUAGCCAUCUCUGACGUUCAUAGUGGAGCUUGUGGUUCUCACCAAUCAGGCCAUAAGAUGAAGUGGCUUUUAUUUCGACAAGGCAUGUAUUGGCCAUCCAUGUUAAAAGAUUGUAUAGAUUUUGCUAAGGGAUGCCAAGAAUGUCAAAAACAUGCAGGAAUUCAACAUGUACCUGCAAGUGAACUACAUUCAAUAAUAAAACCUUGGCCAUUUAGAGGUUGGGCAUUAGAUUUAAUUGGUGAAAUAAAACCAGCAUCAUCAAAAAAGCAAAAAUACAUAAUAGUUGGUAUUGACUAUUUUACUAAAUGGAUCGAAGCCAUACCCUUGCCCAAUGUUGAUCAGGAAGAAGUGAUAAGUUUUAUCCAAAACCACAUCAUUUAUAGGUUUGGAAUUCCUGAAACCAUCACAACUGAUCAAGGUUCAGUGUUUACUGGUCGAAAGAUGCAAGAAUUUGCUAGGCAAACAGGGUUUAAACUUUUGACUUCGACACCUUAUUAUGCGCAAGCAAAUGGUCAAGUAGAAGCUGCCAAUAAGAUUAUCAUUGGAUUAAUCAGAAAACAUAUUGCUCAAAAGCCAAGAAAUUGGAACAAGACUUUAAAUCAAGUCUUAUGGGCAUGUAGAAAUUCUCCUAAAGAGUCAACAAACUCUACUCCAUUUCGAUUAACAUAUGGUCAUGAUGCUGUGUUACCAGUAGAAAUUUGUUUGCAAUCCAUCAGAAUUCAAAGGCAAAUGGAAAUACCAAUCGACCAUUAUUGGAGUAUGAUGUAUGAUGAAUUGGUUGAUUUAGACGAAGAAAGGCUAAGAGCGCUUGAUACUUUAAGUAGACAAGGAAAGAGUGGCAAAAGCUUAUAA